AAGAACACAAGUUCAGUUCUUGUACUUCUUAUUCAAGCUUUUCAUUUUCACAGCCUGGAUAUCAAUGUCCGCAAAGAACAAAAUCCUUUCUAUAGUAAACCAACUGAAAAUAUGUACAAGUUCAAAGCAGCUGGAAUCCCUUUACACUUUGAUACUAAAAUAUGGCGCUGCAACUAAAGACUGUUUCUUGAUGAACCAAUGCAUUGCCACAUGUUCUACACUUAAUAGCACAGAUUUUGCAUCCUUUGCAUUUUCCCAAAUGGAAAAUCCCAAUGUAUUCGUUUACAACGCAUUAAUAAGAGCUUUUGUUAAUUGUCACAGCCCACUUAAUGCUUUAAAGUUGUAUAUAGACAUGUUUAAAAAAACUCAAAAUAGUCCAAAUAGCUACACGUUUUCGUCAGUAAUUAAGGGCUGCACGUUGAUGUGUGCUUCAAGAUUAGGGGAAUGUGUUCAUGUGCAGAUUUUGAAAUAUGGUUUUGGAUCCCAUGUUUUUGUUCAAACUGGUUUAAUUGAUUUUUACUCUAAUUUAGGUAGAGUUGAUUUAUCAAGAUUAGUGUUUGAUGAAAUGCCUGAAAGAGAUAAUUUUGCUUGGGCUGCAAUGGUUUCAGCUCAUGCUAAGGCUGGUCAGUUGGGUGGUGCUAGAAGUUUGUUCGAUGAAAUGCCUGAAAAAAUUACCCCUGCUUGGAAUGCUAUGAUUAAUGGGUAUGCGAGAACCGGGGAUAUUGAGUCAGCUGAGUUGUUGUUCAGGGAAAUGUCGAGGAAGGAUUUGAUAUCGUGGACAACGAUGAUUAAUUGUUACUCUCAUAAUGGGAUAUAUGGACGAGCUAUAGAGGUUUUCUGUGACAUGAAGAGUAACUUGAUCACUCCUGAUGAAGUAACAAUGACUAGUGUUAUUUCUGCUUGUGCGCAUCUUGGUGUCCUGGAUCAAGGAAAGGAGAUGCAUCUUUAUGUUAUGCAAAAAGGUUUUGAUCUUGGUGUGCAUAUCGGAUCUGCAUUAAUUGACAUGUAUGCAAAAUGCGGGAGCUUGGAGAGAUCACUCUUGGUAUUCUAUAAAUUGAGGGAUAAAAACCUUUUUUGUUGGAACUCUGUUAUUGAUGGACUGGCUGUUCAUGGUUAUGCAGAAGAGGCAUUAGCUAUGUUUAGCAGGAUGGAGAAAGAGAAGGUAAUGCCGAAUGGUGUUACCUUCGUCAGCGUUCUUACAGCCUGUACACAUGCAGGGCUAGUUGAGGAGGGUCGGAAGAGGUUUCUAACUAUGGCCGGGUACUAUGGUAUCAUUCCUGAAAUGGAGCACUAUGGUUGCAUGGUUGACCUAUUGUGUAAAGCUGGUUUGCCAGAGGAAGCACUUGAGAUUAUUAGAAGCAUGAGAAUGGAGCCAAAUGCUGUUGUUUGGGGUGCUUUACUUGGUGGGUGCAAGCUUCAGAAGAACUUGGAAAUUGCUCAAGUUGCUGUUAAAAAGUUGAGUAUUUUGGAGCCAAAGAAUAGUGGCUAUUACGCCCUCCUAGUGAACAUGUAUGCUGAUGCAAAUAGAUGGAGUGAAGUAGCCAGGAUCAGGGCAAUCUUGAGAGGAUUAGGAGUAGAAAAAGAAUGUCCAGGUUCCAGUUGGAUCGAAAUAGAGAAAAAGAUCCACCAGUUUGCUGCUUGUGAUAAUUAUCACCACUCUUCACAGGAGAUGUAUUCCUUACUAGAUGGAUUAGAUGGGCAACUUAAGCUGGCUGGACAUGUUCAAGCGCUUGGAUUUGUGUUCUAAUGACAUGGCAAAGCCAUUGUUGACAGCAUAGACUUCAUAUUCAAAGUGGCUAAAUAUUUUGUAUUCUGUUGCGGUGAAUUUAGAUCUGGAACUGUACGUUCAAAGAGGCAAAGUACAUCUGGAGCUGCACUUAAUGCCAAGGCGGGAAGUUACUGUUUGAAGUAAAAUCCGAGCUACCACAGAAUAUGGAUUGUAUCUAGACAACUCUGAGUUCAGAGUUUCUCCAGUUGAAUCAGUGGCUCGGGCGAUGAAAGUUCUCUCCUCUCCUUUUUAAGACUCUAACCGGUGGCUAUUAGGCACUCUGCAGUUCCUCCUUAUCUUCUCUCCUGGGCAGCCAGAUUGCAGGUCACCCAUUUUAUCAUCCCUUCAACAAAGGCCUUAAAGAAUUCAUCUUGGUGUUUCAUCCAAGUCUCCUGUCACAUUCCCAUCUCCACCAAGUGGACAAAGCCUGUCUAGCUUUUUUCUAAAUCUUUGUUCAGUAGCAGGGUGAAGCCGGCCUGAGCCAGACUGGUUAUAUAGGCGAAAAAUGAUGGAAAAGCACCUUCCGUUGCCAAUGGAGCGAGAACCAGAAAGGGCUACAAGAGUUAAAUCUGCUGAAGAGAUCAAUGAGGUAGCUUGCAUUUGAUCAUGGACUUGGCAUACUCUUGUCUGAGUCUUCUUGAUUUGCUGUUAGGCUAUCUAGCCUUCCCAAUUUCACUUCCCAAUUAGGACCUCCACUCUGAGUAAAAACGGAAGUAACAAAGAAACUCCUCUCAAGAAACUAUAGCUAAAUACAUGUUUAAUUUUUCUAUGAUGAAACCAGAAAAGAUGAGAAUAACAAGGAGCGUUUUCUAUUA